AUGCGCUCCCCUUCUCCUCAACAUGCCGCCCUCGAACUCGACGACUUUGCAACGUCCUCUUCGGAUGGGCUUUCACGCCGGGAAGCCGCCGAACCUCUACUGUCACAGUCGAAGGAUCUAGUUGGGUUGCCGUCCGAGAUCCCAACUAUGCCCAGAUUCCAUAAAUCCACGGCUGCUCGCCUGCUCUCGAUGCUGCAGACAGAAUCGGAGCCUGGCCUCACAAAUGCUCAACUGAUGCUCACCAAUCAUGACUUGAAGCCAGUUGAGCCACAGCGACGCCAGUGGACGGCUUGGAGUUUUGUCGCCUUCUGGAUUGCCGACUCGUUCAACAUUAACACCUGGAUGAUUGCUUCAACCUUGCUCACCUCUGGCCUUGCCUGGUGGCAUGCAUUGAUUUGUAUCCUGAUUGGGUACUCGAUCUCUGCCAUGCUGGUCUGCUCGACCGCGCGAAUAGGAGCCACCUAUCAUAUCUCCUUUCCCGUCGUUUGUCGCGCAUCCUUCGGUAUCUGGGGUUCGCUGUGGCCGGUCUUCAAUCGAGCCGCCAUGGCCUGUGUCUGGUAUGGCGUACAAGCUUGGAUCGGUGGCCAGUGCAUCACUUUGACGAUUCGGUCGAUCUGGCCCUCCUUCUAUACGCUGCAGAAUGGUAUCCCUCAUUCGGGCACCAACACAAGGGACUUUGUGGGGUUCUUCAUUUUCUGGAUUGCAUCUCUCCCUGCAAUCUGGUUUCCCGUCCACAAGAUUCGCUACCUCUUCAUCGUCAAGUCCUGCUCUGUGCCCGUAGCUGGACUUUCUCUUUUUGUGUGGGCGGUUGGCCGUGCACACGGCAUGGGUCCGAUCGUGAAAGAGCCGGCGACUGUCUCGGGCUCUGCGCUUGCACGGGGUUGGCUGGUCGGCAUCAUGAGUUCUAUUGCCAACUUUGCAACGCUGAUUGUCAAUAAUCCGGAUUUCUCCCGUUUCGCCGGAAAGCCACGAGAUGCUCUUUGGACGCAAUUCUUCACCAUCCCCAUUGGGUUUGUUAUGACCUCUUUUGUAGGUAUUAUUGUGACCUCCUCAUCCAAAGUCAUCUAUGGUACAGCCAUCUGGAACCCCUUGGACCUCCUCUCUCAGUUUCUUCUGGACGACGCUACGUCAGCUGAGAGAUUUGGCGUCUUCAUGAUUGCGCUCGCUUUUGCCCUUGCCCAGCUUGGAACGAACAUUGCGGCGAAUAGUGUUUCAGCAGGUACGGAUCUGGCAGCUUUAUUACCCAAGUACCUCAACAUCCGCCGAGGAGGCUACAUCUGUGCAAUUAUCGGCCUCUGCAUGUGCCCAUGGAACUUGUUGAAAACGUCGAACAAUUUCACGACAUACCUGUCAGCUUACAGCGUCUUCCUGUCUUCGAUUGCGGGCGUCAUCAUCUGCGACUACUACCUCGUGCGCAAGGGCUAUUACUCGCUGAGAGAUCUCUACUCGGCUGGGGCAGGCUCACCAUAUUACUAUCAACUCGGCAUAUCAUGGCGGGCAUACACUUCGUACGUAUGCGGCGUCCUCAUCAACGUCGUUGGAUUUGCUGGUGCGGUUGGUGCCAAAGUGCCUAUGGGCGCGAAGUAUAUCUACAGAGUGGACUUUUUCGCUGGGUUUGUGGUCUCCUCAAUCGUGUAUUAUGUCCUGUGUUUGAUCAAGCCCGUCCCCGCGACGAGCUCCGUGUGGUGCGAAAAGGGUGACGAAGCUGAUGACCGGUUCAGCGUGGUCAAUCCGCUGGAUGCAGGAUAUGAGAUAUCUGAUUAUCCUGUAUAA